AUGCCCGGCACUUCAUGGCCGGCACCUCAUGCCCGGAUCCUCACGCAUAGCAAUUUAAGUCCGGCAUCUCACGUCCGCAACCUCACGCCCAGCACCACACGCCCGGUAACGUCCGGAACUACAUGUCCGACACCUCACGCCCGGCACUUCACGUCUUGGACCUCACGUCCGGAACUUCAUGUCCGACACCUCACGCCCGGCACUUCACGUCUGGAACCUCACGUCCGGAACUUCGUGUCCGACACCUCACGCCCGGCACUUCACGUCCGGAACUUCGUGUCUGACACCUCACGCCCGGCACUUUACGUCUGGAACCUCACGUGCGGAACUUCGUGUCCGACACCUCACGCCCGGCACUUCACGUCUGGAACCUCACGUCCGGAACUUCGUGUCCGACACCUCACGCCCGGCACUUCACGUCUGGAACCUCACGUCCGGAACUUCGUGUCCGACACCUCAUGCCCGGCACUUCACGUCUGGAACCUCACGUUCGAAACUCCAUGUCAGGCACCUCACGCCCGGAUCCUCACGCAUUACAACUUAAGCCGGUCAUCUCACGUCCGGCACCACACGCCCGGCAACUCCACCUAG